GUUUAAAUAUUUGUUCAUUACAUUUUCCAUAAAUACACUGGUUGUGUUUGAUAUGAAGAGAAACACAACUACUGGGAAGUUGUUUGAAGUUCUCAAGUUGCUUGUAGUUUAUGUGACUGCGCAGAGGGGCGGUGCUUCUCAUUUUCACAGUAAAGAGAGUUGGAGUCGUCCUCUCCGGGCUGCUCUGUGACUCAAAACGAGCCCCUCUCCAGUGAGCUAACACUGAGUGGGCCAACGCGCACCAGAAUGAACAACGUGUUUCAGGAAGAAGUUGGCGCCUGAGGCCCCUUGUACAGCUAGCUAGCACGCUAACACAAACUAUGAGAGAUAGUCCACUGUGUUGAUCUUUCUUUCACUCGUUAUUAAAAGAAUUCCACAAUGAACGACAUGGAGUUCAGUGUCCCCCUGUCCUCCCUGGCCCUCCUGGUCCCUCCACUCCGCCUGAUGUCAGCCGUAAUGUGGGAGGUGGUCCGCCAGAGGAACAUAAAGCACUACGGGAAGCUGGAGGAGUUCGUGUCCAUGGUAACAGAUGCAGUUCCUGAACUGAUGAGCAAAAGAGAAGGGAGACUGCUCUCACUGGGCCUGAGGGCAAGGACAACUCUUGAACUGUUGCGUUCUGAACACCCUGAAGAUCUCAAGGCUGUUGAGACCCACCUCAACAGAAUCCGGACUUCUUGCAUUGAAGAGACAAACGAUCCUGUGAUUGAAGCACCAGAGGCGAACUUUAUGAAGCUGGUCCAAGGCCUUAUCGAAGACACUGAUGGCAGAGAGCACUUCCUGAAGAACGUUUUUCCAGUGGAGUAUGGUCCUGACUUUGACACAGCUCUGGAGACUCUGGUUAGUGAGUUCUUCACUAGACUGGAGGAGCUGCUGCCGAUUCCAGACUUCAAACAGACUGCGUCCUGGAUCAGUUCUUCCCCUGCUGUCCUCGAGGAGUACAUGCAGUGUGUGUCAAACGGAGAGGACCUCAAAUUUCUUCUCCAGAGCAAACAGUGCCAUGGGAAGCUGGCCAAGAGUAGUGUCGCUCCGUUUCCAUCAGAUGAUCUGCUCAUCCCCUCCCUGUGCCUCCCUCCGUCACUGGAAGUGGCCAUCGCCUCCCACCCGAGUGCUUGUGAUGAUGAAAACAACGACGUUCCUCAGAUCGUCAUGUUCGACGAGGAGCUGUCUACAAAUCCUUCCACAUCAGCCGACUUCCCAGAAUCACCCAAAAGAACCGACAUCCCGUCCUCUCCUCGCAGGAGACAGACGUCGGGGCUGCAUAAAUGCACGGAGUGCGACAAAUGCUUCAAGCAUCACUCAGUCCUCAUCGAGCACCAGAGAGUCCACAGCGGGCUGCAGCCGUACAACUGCUCAGAGUGCGGGAGGGCGUUCAGAACCGCCACGCUGUUGGCCGGUCACAGGCUGCGGAAAUGCAAAAAUGCUGCGUAUUUGUGUAUCAAAUGUGGGAACAGUUUUCCAACCUCACUGGACAAAUUCAGACACCACUGUCCAAAGAGAGGCCGUAACUACGACUGUGGUCACUGCGGGAAGAGUUUUCAAAAGUCAAGCAGCUUAAAGGAACAUCUACUAACUCACGUCCAAAGCCGGCUCUUCAAGUGCAGCCACUGUGGGGUGGGUUUUUCAGGAAUAGGCGACCUGAAGUAUCAUCAGCAGGUGGAUCAUGAUAAACCGUAUCAGUGUAAGCAGUGUGGGAAGAGCUUUAUCUCCUCAAAGUGUCUGUCCAAACACCAGCAGAGGCAUGAAGAGCUCGGUGACAUGGAGAGGGCUAAAUUAAUGAGCGGAGGGAAACAUAGGAAGAGCGGCUCAGCUCAUCGGACUUCCUCCUCAUCUUUGUCCUCCAGGAAAACAUCCUUGAAAGCCAUCUACCCCCGAGGACGGGUCACACACAACUGUCCGCUGUGUGGGAGGAGCUUCAAGUACCGCUUUGAAUUUCUGGAGCACCAGAGGUUCCACACGGCGGUGAAGCCUUACAAAUGUUCUCAGUGUGGAAAAGCUUUCCGAACAGAAGCUCACCUGUCGGGCCACAGGAAGAGGAAGUGUAAAAAUGCCUCCCACGUCUGCACAAAGUGCGGUUGUCAGUUCAGGUCUCUGCAUGAGCGAGUCAGACAUCAGUGCGUCCAGCUGCUGACAAAAUACGAGUGUUCUCACUGUGGGAAGACGUUUAAGAUGGCUCACCUGCUGAGGAACCAUCAGAUGAGCGAUCACCAGCUGCCCUACAGCCCCAACCAUCGCUUCAGGUGCAGAUACUGUGAUGAGACGUUUCCUGGCAUCAGCGAGCUGAAGUACCAUCAGAGAGUAGACCAUGAGAAACCGUAUCAGUGUCAGGAGUGUGGCAAGUGUUUCCUGUCUGAAAAAUGCCUCAACAACCACGAGUUACGCCACAACGAUGACCGACCGGAGAGCUGUCUGGUGUGCGGCCGCGGCUUCAGAAACCGCUACGACCUAAAGCAGCACAUGCGCACUCACACAGGAGAGCGGCCGUACCAGUGCACACACUGCUCCCAGUGUUUCUCCACAGCCGGAGGCUUAAGGAGCCACACCCGGGUUCACACCGGAGAGAAGCCACAUGUUUGUCCCGACUGCGGGAAAGCGUUCUCUCAGAUGGGUGCAAUGCGCACCCAUAGACUCACACACACGGGGGAGAGGCCGUUUAAGUGCACGGUGUGUGGGAAAGGUUUCACGAUGGCACACAAGGUGACAGUUCACAUGCGCGUGCACACGGGAGAGCGGCCGUACGUGUGCUCGCAGUGCGGGAAAGCCUUCUCAGAUGGAAGCGUGCUGAAGCAGCACAUGCUGAACCACUCAGGGGUCAGACCCUACCACUGCCAGAUCUGCCCCAAGACCUACACCUGUCUGAACCACCUGAGGAGGCACCUGAAGAGCCACUCCAACAUGAACUGAGUCAGGCUCCAAAUCAUACUGGAGCAAAGCCUUUGAAUGACAUUUUACACUCCGAGAGACGAUGCACUAGGUAGUUAGGUCUCUAAAGUAACAAUAGACCGACUGAACUAAGCAAUACAUGAAGGUUUGUCUGAUUCUGUUGCACUGUUGAAAGUGAGGGGAAAUUAUCCUCUCAUUUGUAAAGUCAAUUUAGUCACAUCAGCCAAAGCUAAGGCCGAUGUUUACAUUUAAACGAAGGGUUUGUCAUUUUAGGAGAAAGCACUUUUUAUCUCUGAUGAUAUUUUCAUGGGAAGAAUUAAACCAAUCUUAGUCUGUCGAUUUAGGGAUGUAGUUUGAAAAGAAAAAGCCUCCUGUUGUUGCAGCUGUUCUUUGUGUCUGAUAGGCGCAGAUUGGUGCAGCUGCUAAAAUCUGGCAGCUAACCAGAUCCUUUUGAUAAAGUUAGUGGCCCUAAAGAACUUCAGGCUUUUCUGCUGCUUCAGUGUUUUUACCUUCUCUGGUAUUGAAAACAAGAUACAAAACUAAACUGUCGACAACUCCAACUAGACUAUGUCAUGGACAAGGAUGCAUUUAAAAGUACUUCGAAUCGUUUAUAAUGAAAUGUGAUUAUUUGUGCCAGAGAGAGUACAGCUGAACAAAUGCAACAGACUGAGAACAUAUAGUGGCUGAUUGCACCCAGUGCAUCCUGGUACAUGUAGUCAGUCCUGGCUCUGCUAGCGGAAGAACUCAGCUUUCUUGUUAAAUGUAACACAAUGCUGAGACAAUUAUUACUUAUAUGCGAUAUUAAGCAUAGCCAGGGGUUGACAUGCAAAUCAAACACAUUUCCCUCUCAAGCUGAAACCACAAAGACUGGAAGUUUAACUUAGCACAAAGACUGGAAACAGGGGGAAACAGAUUAACCAUGCUCAGAUUUACUGCUUUAAAAAUCAAAUGAGCAUAUAAAAAGUGCAACGGAUUAAAAACUAUUUUUAUAAAACUUCUUUAACAUCACAAAUUGAGGUGAAGAGGAGUUAGUAAUCUUUUUGCUUCAAAGAUGAAGGUUAUGAUUUUUAUUUAUGUGUCCAUUCCAGGUGCUGAGCUGAGCAUGUUGGUUGUUGGUUUUAGCUUCAUAUUUAAUGAACAGAUGUUUUCAACCUUCCCAUAAAAAUCAGCAAGUAUGAAAAGUGUCGACCCGUUCCUUUAACAUCAGCACAAACAAACGGUAUGUUUUUCUUUAAUUGCCUUCCAGGCUUUUCCCUGAGCUUUGAUUUCUUGUUUUUCUCAUUGUAGCCACUUGUGCAUGAAACAUGUGUGGACAAGGUUCUGGAUAUUAAUUUGAUGGGAAACUUGAGUGUUCAGAAAUUGUACUUUUGGUGAAAAUCUAUUUUUUUUUGGAAAGGCCUCAAAAGUUGUAGAAAUUAAAGUGUUGACUGUAAAUACGCAGAAAGACAAUUAUUGUAAGAGUGCAAAGAUAUAAUGAUGGUACUGUUUAUUUCAACAUGACAUGACUUUAUUCCGAUGGGCCUUUUCUUUGUGCCACCAUGGUUUGCAAAAUCUGUGAAUCUCCAAUUAAAAGACCUUGGUUCUA